CUAACCGCCUUCGCUAGCAAAUCUUCCAGAUAAUGACCUACUCCUGUGUUUACGGGGUGACCGUUCUGUGACCAUCUUAAAAGCCAUACCUGAAGCCACACGGUGGCGACGGCUUCUUCCAUCGAGGCGGUCUUCAGUUUGUGGGGGUAGGAAUCCAAGCUAGGGGUCUGAUAUGGAGUCAGAUGGAUCCAUACAUAUCGACUACAGUAAAUAUGAACACUGGAAGUAUGAAAAGUUUGCUCGUUUUGUCAACAACAUGUUGCUCGCCGUGAUACCUACUUGCAUGCAUUCAAGCUGCACUUUAAGCACUACCAUCUUGUAAACUUCAAGGAUGUGAGUACGUGGAUUGGCUAUGCGGUGAAGCAUAAUGUUAAAGUCCUAGAUGUGGACCUGGGUCGAUAUGAUAAGACUCUUUUACCUCGUUGCAUUUUCACUUGUCGCUCACUUCAGGAGCUAAAUUUGAGUAUGGGAGAAGCUCCUUGGGAUGAUCUUGAACACGAGGGACUUCUGCUGCCGGACACGAUCAAGCUUCCUACUCUUAAAAGGUUGACUCUCUGUGAUGUGGAAGUGAGUUCGUUAGAUUUUAAGCAGAUCGUUGCUCAGAGCCCUGGCAUAGAAGACAUGCAUUUGGUAAACUGCGCACAACAUCUUGAGCUUGUAAAAUCAAACGUGCUAAAGAGGCUAACUAUUGAUGGUUUCUUUAAUCGAGGCAAAGGACUCACUAUUGCUGCCCCUCAUCUCAUUCACUUUUAGUGCAUAGGCUGGCCACUGGAAGAAAUUACUUGGCAAAAGCGUCCAUCUCUAGAGAGUGCACACAUAGAUACUUGGUGUUCUGGACGCACUUUUGAUGGUCAUUCUGAUUUGAUUGGGAUUGUGCUGCAUGCCAAGAGAAUUGCAUUGUGUGGUUCCGACAUAAAGUUGUCAGAUCCUCAGAUGUGGUGUGAAAGGUCCAGUGAUAUUAGCUUCCAUGAUAUGUUGUGCAGUGGUGUCAUCUGAUAUUAGGCAGCUAUGUUGGAAAAGGAACUGCACUCAUGCCCAGUGUUUGACAAUCUUGUGACUCUUGAAAUCGGUGGAUGGUGUUUGACCAAUGACAUGUAUGUUGUAGUUCGCUUCCUCCAGCUUUCACCAAGACUAGAGAAACUUACCUUGAAGCAAAGAGAGCUUAAGGAAGUAAGAAAAGGAGAAGAAACAAGUUCAAUGCCAAUCGCUGGAAUGACCUUCAAGUGUCCACUCCUUGAAACAGUCAUAAUACAGUGUUCCAGGGAUGACGAUGAAAUUGAGAAGACAGUAAAUGCUAUGGUUUCAUAUGGCAUCAGCUCAGAGAAGAUACAAGUCAUUUUCUAUGAGGAUAUUGAAAGAGCACGGAGGUGGGGUAAGAGCCUGGAAGAGAUGAAGGAGCAUGACAUUUUAGAGAAGGCCCGGAAGGAAAAUCGAGAGAGGGUAGAUGACAGUAAUGCAGGGAGUGAUAACAGUGAUGAUGACAACGACGAAAUGGAGGAUGAAUACGAUGAAGACGAGAUGGAGGAAGAAGACGACAGUGAUGACGAUGACGAGAUGGAUGACGAUGAUGAUUUUUAGAGGCACAAUGGGACGUGCUACUGUUUCGCCAAUCCUUCUGCACUGUAUGGACCCUUGCAUCUUCGGUUCCGUUCUCCAGCACUAUGUUCUGACUCAAGUCUGGGUAAUUUCAAAUUAGGGGUAGCCUAGUAGUGAGGCUAAAUGCUGGAUGCUGGUGACCUCAAGUUUAAAAUAGCCUAUGAUAUAUAGUAUGCUCCAGGCUUCUGGACCCCGGAGUAACAUGUGUACUAUCUGCAUUAUAGGACUAUUUGUAGUGUCUCAGUCUGAGCAUGAUUGCAUUGCAUACUAUUUUA